UUCCGGUCCUAGCGGCGGGUGAGCGGGCGCUGAGUCGGGAGGGAGUUUCCUAUCCGCUCUGGGGCCCGCUCCCUCCUCCGUGCUGCCCAGGAUGGUACUGCCCAGGGGCCUGCGCUGGCCCUGAUCCCCCACUUUGGGAGAUGGUGCAGGCCGGGGGCUCCUUGCCCCCCCGCCGCCGUUACGGCGGCCGCCGCCGCCGCCGCCGCUACUGACCCGCGCCCCCGCCCCAUGGCCGCCGCGGCGCCGCCCCCCCCUGACAAGCUGGAGGGAGGAGGCGGCCCCGCCGCGCCGCCAGCGCCGCCCAGCACCGGGAGAAAGCAGGGCAAGGCCGGUCUGCAAAUGAAGAGCCCGGAAAAGAAACGGCGCAAGUCAAAUACUCAGGGCCCUGCAUACUCACAUCUGACGGAGUUUGCACCACCCCCGACCCCCAUGGUGGAUCACCUGGUGGCAUCCAACCCAUUUGAGGAUGACUUUGGGGCCCCCAAGGUUGGGGGGGCAGCUCCUCCAUUCCUUGGCAGCCCUGUGCCGUUUGGUGGAUUCCGUGUGCAAGGGGGCAUGGCAGGCCAGGUGCCCCCAGGCUAUGGUGGUGGAGGCGGAGGCGGGCCUCAACCACUUCGACGACAGCCUCCUCCUUUCCCCCCCAAUCCAAUGGGUCCUGCCUUCAAUAUGCCCCCUCAGGGCCCUGGGUACCCACCCCCAGGUAACAUGAACUUCCCUAGCCAGCCCUUUAACCAGCCCUUGGGCCAGAACUUUAGCCCUCCUGGGGGACAAAUGAUGCCAGGCCCUGUGGGAGGGUUUGGACCCAUGAUUUCACCUACUAUGGGGCAGCCUCCCAGAGGGGAGCUGGGCCCUCCUUCCCUUCCCCAACGAUUUGCCCAGCCAGGUGCUCCUUUUGGGCCUUCACCCCUUCAGCGGCCUGGUCAAGGGCUCCCAAGUCUACCCCCCAACACGAGCCCCUUCCCUGGUCCUGAUCCUGGCUUCCCUGGUCCUGGGGGAGAGGAUGGAGGGAAGCCCAUAAACCCUCCUGCAGCAACUGCCUUCCCACAGGAGCCUCAUUCAGGCUCACCUGCUGCUGCUGUCAAUGGCAGCCAGCCCAGUUUCCCCCAGAACAGUGGUGGUCGGGGUGGGGGCACCCCAGAUGCCAAUAGCUUGGCACCUCCAAAUAAGACUGGGGCAUCGGGGCACCAGCCCCCUCCAGGCUUGGUGUACCCAUGUGGGGCAUGCCGGAGUGAAGUAAACGAUGACCAGGACGCCAUUCUGUGUGAGGCAUCAUGUCAGAAGUGGUUCCAUCGUGAGUGUACUGGCAUGACAGAGAAUGCCUAUGGGCUGCUGACCACGGAAGCCUCAGCUGUCUGGGCCUGUGAUUUCUGCCUCAAGACCAAGGAGAUCCAGUCUGUCUACAUCCGAGAGGGCAUGGGGCAACUAGUGGCUGCCAACGAGGGGUGAAGUGGGCACAUUCGGUGUGGGGCCAAGCACUCUCCUUGAGGACGAUGGACCUUUCUCCUCUUGUGGCUCUUGGUCCCAGCUCCCCACUCAUGCUGGGAGGAGGCAUAGUGACUCCUGGGGGUAGGAGAAGGGAUUUACUGGGCAGGAGAAUGCCCAGACCUCUCUCCUUGGAACCUGCCCGUGAAGGGCUAAGAAAGAAUCCCCUGGGAGGUCAGAGCCCCAGUGAGCAGUGCCAUUCUCUGAUUGUCCAGGGUAUCUUAAAGAGGAAAAGAUAGAGGGGGAGGAUAUGAGUGGAUAUUAUUGGUUAGGGGCUGCAUUUCUUUGCUGGUGCCAGACGCCUUCUAGUAUCUCUGCCUAACACUGCUACCCUACUCUGAAGGAUAAAUUCCUGAAUGAUUUACCCCCUCUGGCCAGAGGUAAUUGUCAGGGUUUUCCCCCCAUUCCUUCAGUGGCCUACCAUAGGGCUUUAGCCCAAUGCAGAAGACAGUAUUAGACAAUGAGUGGAACCAGUUGGUCGGGGUCAUCCCUUAUUUUGAACUAUUCCCUUUGCACUGGCUUCUCUCUUUUGGAACCAAAAGGCUUUGAGGAAGCUAGAUGAAGGUCUGAACCAUAACAUUCCUGGAGAUUUUGGUGGCAGGAGGAUCAGAAUGGUUGAGAGAUGGUGUUCUUGAGACAGUCCCCUCCUUAUACCAAAGUCACAGGUCCCUCCCACCCCAGCUUCAGUCUACUCAUCUCCUGGUGCGUGUCAUGCUUUCUCACCCCCAAGACUUUGUACAUCUCUUAUACAUUAUCCUAAACCACCUUUUCCAAAUCUGCCCUUUUACCUAUAGCUCCUGUGUCAUUGCUGUGCUGAGACCCCAAGAAAAGAACAGAAACGCAAACAAUUUUCUCAGUCAUUUAUUUCAGGUGUUCUUAUAGGAUAAAAAUGAAGGUUUACCCAUUUGAAUGGUGCAAGGUUACCCGCAAUCUUGGGGUCCUUAUGGGGGAGGGGGAAGGGAAAAAUUGGGUAUUUUCAUACUUUUUCAUUCCCCAGCCCCUCAGCAUCUCCUGAGGCUUAAUAAUGAUCCAGUAA